AUGCACCGCUCUCACCCAUAUGACGAUACUGUGCAUAAGAAGGGUGACCCUGAUCUGAAUAAGCAACACGAAACUUCACACCAUGAUCCAACAACAAAACAUCUUGAAAAUCCAGUAGAUUCUGAGGACAGCGCAACCCAUGAUGGAAAUGUCAGUAGUGAAUUAGGAAACAUAGUUUAUGGGAUUACUGGAUUGGAAAACCUCGGCAACUCCUGUUACAUGAGCUCCAUCAUCCAGUGCAUAAACAACACUAUUCCAUUAUCAAUGUACUUCUGUAACGAAGUCCACCUUGAGCAUGUGAACCACGACAAUGCGAGUACAAGGGGUGUAGUUGCUGAGGAAUUUGGAGCCGUGGUGAGAACGUUGUGGUCGGGUCAGUAUCGGUCCAUCUCAUAUCCAGGUCUGAAGAAGGUGGUGGCUCAACACAUGAAGCAGUUCCAAGGUUGCAUACAACAAGAUUCACAUGAAUUUCAUAUCAUUCUAAUGGAUUUGCUUCAUGAAGAUCUUAAAAGGAAUAUUAGAAAGUUUUCAGAAAGAGAAACGGGCGAUGAAAACUUGUCAGCAGAUCAAGCUUGGGGGAAUUUCCAGAUGUACAAUGAGUCAAUAAUUAAAUUUUUAUUUUAUGGCCAGCAGAAAUCAACAGUCCGUUGCUGCAAGUGCGGUAAGGAAUCAGUGACAUACGAAGUGUUCUCAGAUCUCUCAUUACCUCUUCCAAACUCCAGCGAAGAGUGUUCACUUGCUGAGUGUAUUAAUCUGUACCUUAGGGGUGAGGAGAUUUCUGGGUGGAACUGUUCAUCCUGUAAGGAAGAGGGUCAUGCCAUCAAGAAGUUUGACAUUUGGAGACUACCACCAAUCUUGGUUAUACACUUAAAGAGGUUUUAUUAUGAAGACAGGUGGCGCAAGCGGCUUACAUAUGUGGAUUUUCCACUUGAUUUGGAUAUGCAUCAAUCUACAGAGUUAGAAGAGGGGUUCGUCAACUAUAAAUUAUAUGCCGUAUCGAAUCAUUAUGGCUCCAUGGAAGGCGGACAUUACACUGCAUUUUGUAAAAAUGAACUUUACGAGAAAUGGUAUGAAUUUGAUGACGACAAUGUAAGUGAAAUCUCUAGUGACGAUGUUAGUUCUAAGUCCGCAUACAUCCUCUUUUACACAUCUGUGGAAUGCAAGAUAUGAAAGAUAACCAGCUAAAGAGUUGUUUGUAGAUGACUAUAGUUUCAAAACAUCUACCGAAUUCAUCCAUUAUAUUACCUGCCAAACAACUGAAGACAUUGCUCUAACCCAGUUUUGCCCAGUAGUUAUAUUUACAAACAUUACUCUAGCACUGGCCUGAGAGAUAGAAAGGCACAUAUUGCCUCGAAUAUCUACCAUUAAGCUGGAGGCAAUAUGUUCAUCCGAAACGUUUGUAUCUACAUAC